GGAGGAAAGAACAUAGUUUGGAGUCAGAGGACCCACGUUCAUUCAAAUCCUGGCUCUUCCACUUACAUCCUGUGUCCUUGGACCCAUCAUUUAAAUAUCUCUGCACCUCAGUUUCCAAAUCUGUGAAGUGAGGAGUUUAGCUAUUUCAGAUCCCUCUCAGCCUUGUAUUGUAAUGGAAUACUAAUAAUCCUGCAGUUUGCAUCAUGGAAGGGCCCUGGUUAAUAAUAAUUCCCAGCUUAGGGACCAUAGUCAUACUCUGUUAUUUCUGUUGUACGGAGGUACCCGGAGUGGAUGGAAAGGCCCCAGAGCACUGACCAGGGGCCUCUCGUGGGUUAGUGGUAGUGUCCUGCCCAGAACCUUCAGCCUGCUCUUCUGCCUUCCUCCAUGAGUUAGACAAUACUCCAGUCCCCUCACUUCCCUUGUAGAAACUCCAGAUAGCACCUUUGAGAUGCCAGAGUCUGAGGACUUGACCCAGCUUCGGGAAAUGAACCUAGAGCUCCUCCGGCAGUUGCGGGUGGGGCAGGAGGAGAUCCGGAAGUCUGUGGCCUGGGCCAAGGGGGCAGCCCAGCUGUUCCCAAAGCUCAAGAAUGAAGAGGGGAGCAGCCUCCAGUCACUGGAGGCCUGGUGCGGCCAAGAUGAAGAGACCACGGUGUUCACUGAACACCUCAACCAGUUGAGCCCUUGCCCAGCCCCUAGUACCACUGCUGGGGACAGAGAAGCCUCAGAGCAGGAACAAAAGAGCAGGAGCCAAGAGCCAGCCCCGAAGAGCAGCCUGCCUAACAGCGAGACUGUGCACAGUGUGUCUCCCUUCGAGUCCCCUCCAUCCAGCCAACCCCAGGGUCAGGAACCCAAGAACUAUCGGAGGCCCAGUUCCAGACCCAGUUCAGCAAGCUUGCCGUCUUCCCCUGAGGCCUUAGACUUGGGGCCCAUGAUCAAUCCCCUGAUCUUUGGGGUCCAGAGGCCAUUCUAUGAGGCAAAAAGCCCGGGAGACCGAAGGUCCAACCUUACCAUUAAGCAUUGGCAGAACUUCAAGGCCUCUCAGAUACCUCCCCGGUUGGAUUCUCAGUCCAUCAACCCACAGCUGCGUUGGCUCCCCACUUCUUCGACCCUGCCUGGUGGACAGUUGCCCUACUGGCUCCAACAGAAGAAUUUUCUGAUUCCUGAUGAGAGCUGGCGCAUGAAGCCUUAUUUAGGUUAUGAUGUGAUUGCAGGGUUGCUGGACACGGCAUCUCCUAUCACCCGUAAAUCUGAAAGCUACUUCUCUGAUCUUCAGGAUUUUCGGAAGGCUAAUAAGGAAGAAUGUAUUUCCAGAUACCCAGAGCUGGAUUCUCUGGACUUGCCCUCUUCUACUAGAAACAAGAGAACCCCGGAUUCCCAUCAGUGUAUACAUUGUUACCGAGUCAACCAGCGUCUGUUUACAGUUCCCCUGGACUCGCUGGCCACCUGCCCUGUGUGCAAGACCUCCCGCAGCCAGAUGGGCCUUGAAACCUUGGAUCACCCUGCCCAAGUCAGAGUGAGCGUACCGUUCUCAACCUUCCUGCCACCCCACCAGUACCCCAUACAUCGACGAAAAAGCUUCGAUACCUCAGACACCAUGGCCUUGCCCCGGCACUGCCUGAUGGGCUGGGAUGGUGUCCCCAGGCCAUCAGCCAGCAGUUCUGCCCUUAGCAGCCUGGACCUCAGGACCUCCUUAGACCCCGGUUCUCAGCGGACAGAGCCCUUAGACCACUCCUGUUUGUCAUCCAGGACUUCAAACUGGAGCUGGUCAGACCCACUGCUCUCCAUGUCUCGAGCCACACAAUUUCAAUUGAGCAGCGUUGCUGAGCACUAUGGCUUGGGUGGCAGGCGCUUCCCCCGGCCAUGAGGGCACAUCCCAGCCCCAGCCCCGUCCUGUUGGUGAGAAGGGCCCUGGACUCCAGAGCUGGGAAGGCAGCUCCUUUGCCAAACUUCGAGGCUGGAAUUGUUCUGCCCACCCUCGGCAAGAGGCAUCUACACACCCGGGAAAUCCACCAUAUCCACUGUCCCCUGCCCACCUGUGCCUCAGGGAAUGUGCUGGGAGACUGUGGGCUGGACUUGUGCUCAGGCCCAGGUGUGCCCCUGAGCCACUGUGCUGUGAUGACGAUGAGGACAGAGGCAGCUACUUGUGCCUUUUUAAAAAUAAAGCUCCGAGACCUCUCACA